UUUUUUUUUGUCUUCUUUUUAUAACCACCCACAAGUGCAUGGUUCAUUCCUUUUCUUUUACCUUUCCUCUCAUUCCCUCUUCUUUUACACAUUUGAUUUCAUUCAUUACAAAUUCAUUGAUCAAACUAAACGACAAAGAAAAUUCUUUUACCCCUUUGUGCCCUUGUUUAAUAUUUUAUAAACAUGUCCCUGCUCAACUCCCCUACUGUGCCUUCAACGGACGGAUCAAUCCACACCAACACUGCGUCUUAUAAACAUCCUGUCGGGGAUGACCUACUAUCCCCCACAGAACCUCAUCAACACGGCACAGCGAACAGCCAUCAUAGUCAUCCCUUGACAGAAAUACCAUUAAAGCAAAAGCUAAGGGUUGCAGUCGUUGGCUCUGGUCUUGCAGGUUUGACUGUAGCCCAUAUUCUCUCAUCACUUCACUCCGACAACGGUCAAGGUGGAGUCGGAAUCGAGGUGGAAUUAUUUGAGAAGGCACACAAAUUAGGAAUGGAUGCUGCCUCCUUGUCAGUAACAUGCCCUUGUCAAAAAUGUGCAUUGGCUGCAGGCCGAGAUGAUGGAGAUCCAAACCAUGAACAUGUCGAAGGACGUAUGGACGUGCCUAUGCGUAGUUUCUUCCCAGAAUACUACCCUAAUUUGGUUCGCCUAUACCGCUCGAUCGAUAUCAAGUUCCAUGACGCAGAUAAUACACUCGCCUGCUUCGAUGUCACCUUCGAUUCCAAGCCUGUCCCAUUAGCAUCGGAUCCUGUCUCUCGUCUUAAUCAUGAUGUCAAUAUCGGGGCACCGUAUCUCUCUUCACGAUCCUACAAAGUUAGUAAAGACCAUACUAUCACUCUUCCAGAUCUCCCGCCACUCUCAGUCUUCAACCCAUACCCCUUUGGUCGCCGCUUACUAGGUUAUUACCGCAUUGCUCGUGACUAUGUCAGGAUGUUGAUGGUCUCCAAAGAAUUCAUGACAGAAGGUCGCAUGAUGGAGAUUGGUAAGGACCGAUCCGAAUGGGGUAAUGGUCGCCAGGCUAGUCUACGUGAAUUCUUGGUCAAUGGUAGAUACAGCCAUGACUUUGCAGCCUUCUUUGUCCCUCUCUUCGCCUGUGUCUGCACUUGCAGCUUUGAGCGCAUGAUGGAGUACCCUGCUUGCGUCGUACUAGAAUAUGUUGCAAGAUGUAUGCCCUUUGGUCGCAUGCAGUUCGUUUCCUCAGGCGUCCGAGAAGUUACCGAGAACUUGUCCAAGAACAUUAGCAAAAUUCAUUACAAUACCAUGAUUGAAAAGAUCAUUGAAGCAGACGUCGUUGCCGAUGGCGACAAGAAAGCACCCAUUAUUCUUGUUGACUCCAAUGGUGUCCGUAGGGGAUUUGACCAUGUCAUUUUCGCCACCCAAGCCAAUCAAGCAGCCACAACCCUUGCGGGCCAAAAGGCCAGCAAACCUCUGCCUAGACCCUAUGUGACUUCACGUGAGGAGGGUGAAGACGAAUCCAACUUUGGCCGUAUGGAGGAGCAUGAUCGGACCGACCCCGAGACACCCAGGGAUAUUUCACCCGAGUCUAUCCUUAAGAAUCACCCAUUCUAUAAUCAAAUCAAAAUCCUUUCUAAAUUCCCAUAUGAGCGUACACAGGUUGUCUGUCACACAGAUACUUCGUUCCUGCCCAAGGAUCCUUCUGCAUGGCGCCUUUUGAAUAUUGCUAAAGCUACAGAUGCAGACAUCCUGGCCUCACCGUUUGACAGGGUCACUGCGGAACUGAAGCAACAAGAGCAAGAACAAGAAAAAGAACAACAGCAAUCAAUUGGUUUUUCGAUCCGUCCGUUUUUCUUUCCAAAGUCAAAUGAAUUGAACCAGAGAAUAAACAAAGCUAUGGGUCAUGACUCGGGCAUCUCUAGUCCCGAGCCUCAUAGUGGAUCUUCUACACCGACUUCCACUGCUUCUCAAAGCCACAACUCAGCAAUGGCGACCCAUAUCAUGAACAACACUGCCCAAUCUCUAGGCACAACGACCAAGUUCUUACAGACAACAAACCCAAUUUUCCAGCCCAGGCCCGAUACUGUCAUUUCUUCCGCCUGGUUCGAACGUGCCGUUGUAAACCCCGAGUCUAUGAAGGCAGUCGAUGAGUUGUAUCAACAGAUGGAGAAACAAACCGACCGUCUCUUGGCAGCCAAUUCCGCUUCAUUAUCUGCACCAUUCUCACCACCUUCGUCUCCAUCGUCACCGUCAUCGUCAUCGUCUAUCUCGGACCGCGUAUGGUUUGUUGGGAGCUAUGCCUACCCCGGCAUCCCACUCUUGGAAGGCUGUGUCGUCAGCGCUGUGCAGGUCAUGGAACGUAUUAUUGAGGCAGAGCCCUCUCACCGUUUGGCGCCUUCGGUCACAGCACCCAAGGAGUCAUUCUUAAAGAGAGAUGCACCUAUGCGUGAGCGUCGUCUUCGUCGCAAGAAAGAAGCGACGGUAAAGGAGAACAAGUCUAUGGAGGAUGAUAAAGAAGAUAUUGACAACUCUAUCAGUGCAACUUACUUUAGAACAGCAUGGAAGGACACUCUGGAAGAUGAGCGUAUCUGGGAAGAACAAGAAAAGGCACGUCAAGUGCAGGAAGAAGAAGCAGCAGAAGAAGAAACAAGGAUUCAAUCCAAGAAAGGACAUUUCUUGAGUGCUGUUGGAUCAUGGACUAACAAUGUCUAUGUUGAAGUUGCAUUCAUGUUGUUGCUCUAUAUUGCUGCCAUUGUUCAGUGGUUGAUGGUCUUUAUGAUUGAGAGUGCAGGAUUUGAUGGUAGUCGAUGGGCCCUUGCUUAGAAACCAUGAUAAUAGUUAUAGUUAUAAUAAUAAUAUAUAGUAUAUAAAGUACACUUAUAGAACAUUAAAUUAAAAGAAAAAGUGCGCUGUUUCCC